GUUUACUUACAGUAGUCUAUUUUAAUAUCCAAUGCGACCUACUUUCACACUACGUUCUUUUUUCCUCCCUUCGUGACUACUUUCUUCUGGCUUCGAGCCUGCGUUUAAUUCUUGGGGAAAAUGUUGGAGUUCAUGGAAUAUGUUCAGCAAGCCUUCUACGACACCACUCACUGGGAUCGUGAGAAUUCCUAUUCGCAAUUGACAGCUACUGCGAGAGGUAAGUAACAACAAUCGCGCGCAUUUCUGGAUGCCUAUGCUAAUUGAUGGUCUGCAGAUUUACUAGAAUUCCAGACUCCCCGCGGCUUCGGUCUAAGUCUUUCCUCGCUCUCCUCCCCGAACUUUGCCACUUCAUACGCCAUUGGAAGUGUAGGUCUUGUUGAUGGCUCAUUAUCCUACCUCUACACUUCGCGACCUUUACAUGCCUCAUCGCAGAGUGGAAAUGUGGAAUUAAAGUCAGUAAUACAAGGGUAUCGACAAAUUCAAGAAUUACGCCGACGCGAUGAAGCUUGGAUGUGGGAGGAAUGGCACAAUGGGAGACGAAUCGACAAACGAGACUCGUUAUUUUAUGGCCGAUUGUACCUACCACAGAGCACCUUGGAGGCCUUGUACCUAUCAAGAUUGAGUCCGACUCAGCAAGUCCGACUUUCAGCCGUUAGCAACAGUCAAAUGAAGAAUGGCGCAACCAUAUUGGCUCUGCACCAAUAUGACGUGGGAAAAUACAGUGCAGAAACUCUGUAUUCGACAGAUGGAGGUCUCAUUGGUGUUCGAGGAUUAUACAACUUUGGGACCGAUCCUAGAAAGGAAAUCAGAGAACGGGAACCUCCCAGAACUGAAGAUCGAUUUUAUGGCCGAUUCAGUGCAGGUGCCGAGAUGUAUUAUGGCUCGCUGAAUAAAUCCGGAGGUGUCAGUUUAGGGGGAAGGUUUGCUACUCUUCCGGCGCAUAGUGGUACACCACUUACGGCGACUUUGACGCUGAAUCCGUUGAUGGGCAAUAUUAGCACGACAUAUGCUGUCAAAGCUGGGAAUAACUUGGCAUUGUGCUCGAAAUUCGAUUUUAACGUCUAUAGUUAUGAGAGUGAUCUUAUGCUUGGAUGUGAAUUAUGGAGGAUGAAAGCAAGAUCACCAAGAGUUAGAGAGAGGAGUAUGGCUGCAAAACUCGAGUGGAGGCUUGAUCCUUUUGAAGAAAAAGCAACACCGGAACCAGAGCAAGUUUUAGGGGUCUUGAAAGCCAGGGUCGACCAGAAUUGGAAAAUUGGCCUGCUUUGGGAGGGCAGGGUCAAGGAGAUUCUGUUUGCUUUAGGAUCAUCGAUCGAUAUGAAGAGAAGGGAUCAGCCAUUCAGAGCCAUUGGAUUGGAGCUGCAGUACUCAUCGUGAGAGUCAUGGCGUGGAGUUGCAAUCUACAAGGUCAAACCACCGAAGGUUGUCUAUACAAACACAUGGCCGUGCCUAAUUCGCAUACUCAGUUGUACCACACGCACGGGUUCUACCAGAAGGCUUGGGAAAUGUCCUGAGCCAUGCAGCGCCUGCUUCCCAGGCAGAUAUUCCUAUUCCGAAUUGGUGAUACUCAGCCAAGUCGAAUCAGAAAAGUGGCAGAGAAGCCGCGUAUUCAAAUGAAUAGUAAGCUUGGGGAAGGUGUCACACAUCCUGAGAAGGAAGCGCGCCAAUACUGCGGCAACGCAAUCGCACUGUGUUACAAGAGGGUCCUAUUGGAAGGACAGGAAGACCACUGUGGCUUAUCGUAGCCGGUCUUGCAUAGGAAAUGCAAGUCAAGUCGCCCAGGUAUAUCUCCGGGUUCUUCUAAGAAGGAUGACAAUAUCGAAAGACAUUGCACAAAGUAUCAUGCUUAUCCUACACCAAGUGCUCCUUGUGUCACGCUUCCAUACUAAGUGUUCGAUAUCCCUCUCCCGGAACAAGCCAUACUUAGCGAUGCAUUACAGGCUAUAUAUUCGUUUUCGAUUGCACACGUGGAAGCGUUCAUCCCGAGAGGCGGUAUCGUACCUUGGUGGUACAGCCCGCGCUGCCCGCUGUCUUGUUGAACCAUUGCUGCAUGGGGAGAGUAUGUCGCUGCAAUGUGGAGUAAGUUUACACUGCACGCGAUGAAUUUGAGCCCGGAGAGACAUGCCUCAAAGUGCUCUGUGUAUUAAGCUGCCGGCGACUUCUUGCUCGGCGAGGUCAGUAGUACUAGACUAGAUGCUGCCACUAUCACUGCCUCGCAUGCCUUGGCGAAUAAGUGUCUUCCGCCUCUGGCGCCCCCCAAAUAAAGAAUAUAUAGCAGUAUCAAAUCUGGGGUCUUGGGCAUCUCUCAACUUGGGGCGGAGUUGGAAAUAGGGACACAGCCAAGGUUAUUGUUAUUCUUUCCCGUCCAUCCCUCCUUCUGCAGUCAUUGUACAUGAUGCAUGCGUGGUGCAUUUGUGUGACAUUGUUACACUGCUAGCCAUACCUAUGGCAGAAUAGAGCCGCAAUUUAAAAAAAGUUUCCGGGGCGCAUCUCGUCCACUCGGCAAGCAGCGUGUGGGGGAUGGAGAGUUUGGGAGGGAUGAUUUAUUGGGAUGCUGACACGGUGCGAGUUGACAGGUGCUCUGAUUCCGUCAGCACUUGGGCUCUGCAUCUCCCAGUUUGCGGUUGUGAAAGGAGAGAUGUCGAGAUCCAUUCGCUAGCCCGUCGUCCCCGUC